AUGAAGGACGACGAGGAAACACCUUCCGUCGAUGGAUCGACAAGCGCGAGUAACCGGGAAAAACUGGGAACAGAUCUCGAGGUCGGUCCUGUCGACCUGGGUGACGGAGCAAAAGAGGAAAAAGUAAAAGACCCGAAUAUCGUUGAUUGGGAUGGGCCAGAUGAUCCCGAAAACCCUCUCAAUUGGACCUCAAAAAGGAAAAUCACAGCGACUUGCUCUAUUGCGCUGAUCACAUUUCUGACCCCUCUGGGAUCGUCUAUGUUUGCCCCCGGUGUAGGUCAACUAGUCAAGGAUUUCAACGUCACCAGCACUGAACUGUCAUCAUUCGUGGUAUCGGUAUACCUGCUGGGAUACUGUUUCGGUCCCCUGAUCAUCGCACCUCUAUCGGAGUUGUACGGGCGACAGUACGUCUACCAUGUAUGCAAUGUCCUCUACGUGAUAUGGACCAUUGCCUGUGCGUUUGCACCCGAGAUUGGCAGUCUUGUCGUCUUCCGAUUCUUCGCUGGCUUUGCCGGUAGCUGUCCGCUCACUAUUGGCGCCGGGUCGAUUGCGGAUAUGUUUGUACAAGAGCAGAGAGGCGGUGCGAUGGCAGCUUGGGCUCUUGGUCCUUUGAUUGGGCCUGUCGUUGGUCCGGUCGCUGGUGCGUAUCUGGCACAGGCAAAAGGUUGGCGAUGGAGUUUCUAUGUGCUGGCUAUGGCUGCCGGCGCAAUCACCAUAAGCUCAAUUUUGAGCAUUCGUGAAUCCUACGCCCCGACUCUCCUGGCUCGGAAGACCAAGAAGCUCCAGAAAGAAACUGGGAACAUGAACCUGCGCUCUGCACUCGACACGGGCCGUACACCAAAGGAACUGUUCCUCUACUCCAUCGUGCGACCGACGAAGAUGCUCUUCCGCUCCCCGAUCGUAUUCCUCCUUUCACUUUACGUCGGCGUAAUCUACGGAUACCUAUAUCUCUUGUUUACAACCAUAACCUCCGUAUUCCAACAGCAGUACAAUUUCUCCCAAGGAGCAGUGGGACUCACCUAUCUCGGUCUGGGAGUUGGCUCUUUGAUCGGUCUGUUCCUUAUAGGAGCAACAUCCGACAGACUGCUCAACUACCUGGCUGCCAAGAACGGCGAGAAAAAGCCCGAGUACCGUCUUCCGCCUAUGGUCCCCGGAGCCAUUUUCGUUCCUAUAUCGCUGUUCAUGUAUGGGUGGACUGCAUAUUACCAGACCCACUGGAUUGUGCCUAUUAUCGGGACCUCAUUCCUUGGUACUGGAAUGAUGAUCACUUUCAUGUGUGUGAGUACGUAUUUGGUAGAUGCAUUCACGGAUUACGCGGCUUCCGUCAUGGCGGCUAACACGGUGUUCCGCUCACUGGCCGGUGCACUGCUUCCACUUGCCGGCCCGAAGAUGUAUGCUGUUCUAGGGCUUGGUUGGGGUAACUCGCUGCUUGGGUUCAUUGCUCUGGCCUUUUGCGCAUUGCCAGUCGUAUUUUGGAUCUAUGGCGAGCGCAUUCGGACUAGUCCAAAGUUCCAGGUGACUUUCUGA